AAAUUUAUAAACCUGAAACGCCCCUUCCUUACUUUGCACGAUAUCCUCGGAUAAUCUAAGUUAUUUUACUUUCAUUUUUAUGGUUCCAUUUUAAUGCCCAAAUCGAGUUUCUGAAAACUGUUAAGAUUUGCUUUGAAACUGCAUAAUCAUAAGGCAUGAGAUGACUCAAUCGAUAAACGGAGGCAAGAACAAGGUUAAGUUUUGGAAAACUUCUAGAUGCUACGCCCUCGACCUCGCCCAACAAUUUGGGAUUGUGAUAGCAAUUUGCCUGAUCUGUGGCGUAUGUGACGGAAUUCUUGACUCAGCUGCAACAAGGAAGUGAGUAUAGAGCAAAAUUUACGCUAUCAUAUUUCAGGAGCAACUUACAACUAGAGGGGUGUCAUUUUUUUAGUUUCUAGAUGCACCGUGAGAUAAAAACUAAUGCAAUUUUAAUCACGGAAUUAGUCGAACAUGUGAUCUCGAAUGAAAAUUACUUUAGGAGAUUUAACAAUGUGAUUUUACACAAACUGGUGGAACAAAUGAAACGAUGUAAAUAAAAACUAGAGUUUUCUUUCAAGUUACUUCCUCUUCAUAUCCAAUCAAAACUGUCUGGAUAGAGCUAUGACGCAAUGUAAAGACCUUUAAAGAAAACUUUGAAAUGUCACUUCAUUCUGGAAGGUGCGCAGUCGUUUCUAGUUCCUGCCUUUACUCGCACGGAAGAUUCAAAGCACUGAUUCAACGCCAGUGUCGUAGCAGAAAUGUGCCCACCACUGGAAUUGCCUCUUCAGCAACUGUCGAAGAUAAAUAUAAUUGUAUUGCUUGCACUGGAUGUUGUUCCGGGGAUUUUAACAGUUUUUGGGAACUUGAUCUUUUUAGCAACACUUAUAAAGACUAGAUCUCUACACAGGCCAUCAAAUGUUAUACUUGGAGGACUAUGCGUGAGUGAUUUGCUCGUUGGAUUUGUAGUCAGGCCACUUUAUCUUGUUUUUCUAUAUAUGAUCCUGCAAGGAAAUUACAGCGGCCUUGUUAAAGAGCUUUUUUCGAAGACAUUCUUUUUCUGUGGAGGGCUGUCGUUUUGCUUUGUUGCACAAGUAAGUGUUGAUAGAUAUGUAGCCAUUAGUCAACCAUACUUCUACACAAGAAGUGCCACAUGCAAGAAACAUGUCUACAUAACUGUGUUCCAUGGUUGUUUUUGGUUACUAUUCUCUUCAUUCAACGUAUAUGGCCCGACAAAAAGUAGUUCGGUAUACAAGGCAGCCAUUAUGGGCUACCUUGUGAUUUGCAUCAUAACUAUGCUGAUCGUUUACUCUAGAAUUUACUGCAUCGUUGCCAGCAAAAGGAAAACUGUUGCAGCUUUGGAGCUUGUCAAUGGAGAUACUAGAACCAGGGCAAUAAGAGAGAGAAGAGAGCGGUCAAAAUCUCGAUUGUUUGCAAUGAUAUUGGGUUUCUUCUUUUUAUCAUACACCCCAUACCUCAUACUACUGACGUUUUUUGCUGUAAGUGGAAAUUCUUGCUGGGAUAACGAAUUCAAUUUUAUUUCCAACCAGUGGAUAAAUUUUAUCUUGUUGUGGAAUAGUUGCAUAAAUCCAGUUAUUUACUGUGUUAAGAGUUCUGAGAUAAGAAGAUGUGCGAAGGUGCUCAUGCAAGGUUUUACCAUGAAUUGCAAAGUUCAGUGAGAAAGAGCUGCCUGUGCAAAGAUAACCUAUUAUUAUAUUAUCAGUAGUGUAAACUCAAUAUCGGACAACCAAUAAUUGGUCAUCCAAAGCAUAUGGUAAUGUUUGCGCAGUUUAGCUUAGUAAUUAUUAGAAUAAAAACGUAUAAUACAGAAAAAAGUAAAUUCACAAAAGAUCUUUCACUUGCGGUUUGUUUGAAGUAAUUUUAAUUUGUACCGUUAAAAAUAUUUUUUGUUUUCAUGAUAGCCACCUCUUGCUAGCUCAACAUGGUAACAUAAGAAAUUGAAUACAUUUACAAAGUUAUCUAAAAUAUUUUCCUUCGUAAAACCUUUUGAAAGAUCAGUAGGCUCUAUUAAAAACUUGCAAUCAUUUUGGAACUUAUCUGCAUUCAAUUAAUCUUGUCUUCGUUUUUAUUUUCAACCUACUUCAUAUUAGAUAUCAUAUUCGUACUUUGAUUAAAUGAAGAUAAAAUGAAUAAAUAUUCUUAUUAACUUUAUCUGCAUUAUUUUAUUUCUGACAUGGGAAUAAUUAUGAUUGUAAAUGCAUCCGAUAAGAAUGUUUGAAAAUCUAUAUUUCUAUCAAUUGGCACUCGUACGAGUCGGGCCCAGCUUGAACGAUAUUCUUUUUGUCAAACGCACUAGUAUUUCAUUUCGCAAAUUACAGCGAAUACCAGUUACUUACCAACUGUCUCAACAUCAGUAACUACAAUUGUGGCUAAGCUCUUUAGAAUUUUGGACGUGGCGGGUGCAAAUCGUUUAAAGGGGCUGAGAAUGGAUCUUACCCGAAUAUAGUUGCUUGUUUGAGAUAGAAUGCCAUAAUGUAGCCGGAAAUGUGACUAAUUCGGCCUGAUUAUGGGGGUUGCAGCCCUCCUUACCCCUAUGUUUGUUGAGACCGCAAUCCAGAUUUUUAUCAGCUCUUAUUUCAAAUGAUCCCGUCUUAAAAUGAGACACGUCUCUUCUUGAUAAGCUAAAAAUUUUGCCGACUUUAUUCGUUUACAGCUUUCAUCGAGUCUCUCUAAAAAACUACGCUACACGAUAUGUUCUACAUGAGUAUCUACAGGGGAAAAUAUUAUGAAAAUUAUCGUAGUCUUUUCGUAAUAGGGUUAAUGUAAAGCAUUUAAUGUUGUUGGAAAAAUAGAAGAAUGUUAUAUGAGUUAAUCAUGCAAUGCACAUGCAGGGGCAGAUUUAAGCAACAAUGAUUGGAGGGGUGUUAGACGCUUAUUUUGGUGCCCCACCGUUCAGGUCACUAGUAAAUGUUGGAAACGCCCAUCUUUAAAAUUUGUUUCUCAACUUUAAGAUAAAGAUGAUAAAAAGCAGUGGCGUAGCCUGGGUUGGAAGAUUGAUGGGGCAAAGAGGAGAAAAUUUUUGCUGACCAGACCCCUAUAAGUUUAGGAAAACAACCAUAUUGGAAAGGCGUUUGGAAAAGCUAUGGCAUUUUUACGUCGCAAUUACCCUUUAUACAAUGUCAUGUGUAGCGUUUUGUGACUGACCAGAUUCUACAACCGUCUAUUUCCUUCACCAUUCCACUAACGUUUAUAUCCUCAAUUGUUUAAGGCGAGGAAGAGCUACGUGUAAAAAGUGAUUUUCGUGUAAAAAGAUAAGUUUUUAUCAAGUAUCUAAAAAUAGUAAACAGGAUUCGAAAGUUUUAAAAAAAGUCCGUUCUCCUUGGAGUAAAAUCCACGAGAAGCACUUCAGAAUCCAGAUUUUAUGGAUUGGAUUGCUUAAGCAUUUUAGUUUCUAUUUUAUUGGGAAUGUCUCAAGAGCGUGAAGGACUUUUCUUUAUAAAUCCCAAAAUGAGGGGGAAAUAUUGAACAUCGUGUAGAGAUACAGAGGGGGUCUCCUGCGAGGAAAGCGAGCAGAAAAUUUUUGCGACGACGCUCUUGAAAUUAGCUUAAAAUACACGUCAGAAAAUUGCUCCCCCACCCCCGCUACGCUACUGACAAGAAGAUAAAUGCUCAUAAGAAAAAAUUAAGUAAAAUCUUGGCGCUAUUUUGUUACUUCUGACUACCAACAAAUGAUUUUUACCGAAUGAAACAAUGUUUACCGAAAGACACAGAAAUAUUUGGGGGGAGGUGUCGCACCCCCUAUACCCCCCCGCUAAAUCAGUCCCUGUUUUGCACAUGUACCCGGCACAAGGUAAAACGUCUGAUAAAAUACGCUUGUUUUGCCAACUAACUUUCUGCCUAAUUUUGUGUAAUAAAGAAAUUCUUUAAACGAAGAGAGCUGUUCAGACUUGAUGUCUGCGUGCACUUGAGCUGAAAGAAAAUCAGAUACACUAGAUAAAGAUAAAAUUAACUUCAGGUGAUGAAAGGAGCGAAGAUAAACUUGUGUUUUCCCAAUAACAACUAGGAGUUGGAGAAAUCAAACACCCAUUUGUUCCCCAUUCAAAAUGGUUGUAACUGGACCAAAUUAUCUAUCUGUAGUGGAUAUUGGCUUUUACAUAUUACGUAAUCAAAGAUGGGGGGAGGGGAUUCAUACCAACAUUAACGGACUAUGUGGCCCAUUGUUGAACAAAUUAUUGUUAAAGUUAAACGAUAUUUUAGGGCAAAGAGUUUUUAUUCAAAAAAUUAUUCAAAUUUUUGUUUUAUGGAAGUUAGUAUAAACAUAAAUGGCUACAGGGGGGAUCCAGAGCAAAUUUGAAGAAGGGGCAGUUGGUAGUGGGGGCGCUAAAAAAUUUGCAAAAAUUUGUGACGAGAGUUCGCUGUAUACAACAAUUUCAGAUCCAUUUUCGAAAUAAACAACAUAACUUUGAGUUAAUCCUUGAAGAAAAUUAACCUAUCGGUCUCAGAAACUUUUUCACCUGAUUCUCAUUCUUCAAAAGGGGCGCACAAAUUCCAAAAAAGGGGCACCAGACUUGCUUCAACUCGUGAGGGAGGGGCAAAUGACCCUAGUUGCCCCCCUUGAAUUCGCAACUAAUGGCUAGCUAAGUACUUCCAAUAAUAAAAAUGAAUCUUCAGAAUAUUUGAUAAACAUUGCAUAAGCAUUCUGCUGAUAAACAUUGCAUAAGCAUUCGAAUUAAGAGAAGUUAGUUCAAACAAAGAUAUAAGAUAUAAAGUAAGCAAGUAAGAUAUAAAUUGUGUUGAAAAAGGAAAAAAUUUGAUGAUCCGAUGUUAGAAUAGACAAAAAGUUAGACAAACCAUUCGAAUUACAAAAAUUUAGAAUAAAAAAUGAUUGUUGGCUAGAUAUUUAGCUCGAAUCAGAAAAAGAAAUUUUAACUAGAUAGAAAUAUUUGACUACAUAUAUUUAUUUCUCUAAAGUUGGAAAACAAUUGGAAUAACAAAAAGUUACAGCAACAAAAACUGUCAAAUUCAAUUUAUUCUUCCGUACAAUUUCUGAACUUGGUCUUAUUCAGGGAGUAGAACUUUCAACAGUGAGAAAAUCUUCACAAACCAAACUGCCAGACUAUUAAUCGAUUCCUGAUUUAACGAUUAAUAAACCAUUCUACCAGCAGGGACAUUUUUGACGUACUGACUUGACUGACA